AUGGGUUUCCUUUGGCAUUGCAAACAUGGUUCUUGGAGUGUUGCCCGGCUGCCUGGAAUUUUGGGAAGUUCUUCUGGCGAAGCUAUCCCUCGUAUAUUGAGGUGGACAGUUCCACUUGCACGGGCUCGUGAGUUCUUGACACGCAAUAUUUUCAACCAAUCUGCAGAAGAUCUGAAAUUGUGCAACCUAAAGCCAACUGAGGAAGAGAGGUCAGUUCUUGUGUUAGAUGCUAUGUUCUUGAAAGGAAAACGUAAAGUGGUCUUCGAGGAAACAACACAUGUUGGACAUAGGGAUUCCAAGUUGAAUGGAAAGAUUAGAAAGAUGUAUAGCGAGUUCUCAUUAUUCAAGUCCUAUGUUGAGCUUCAAUUUGCUGAAGUGUUAAGUGUCUUGUCUGAGUUGAAGAGUGUUUUGAGUUUGAAUGAUCAUCGCGCACAUGUGACGGAGGAUAUGCCUGAAAAUGUUUCGGCCGCAAAAGCUACCCAAAGUAUGCCCAAGAACUCUAAUGACGGGGCCGAUGACGCUGUGGAAAGACAUACAGCUGAUAAUGAAUCUGCUCUGCCAAUUUUGGAGCAGAUUCAAAAUGAUGGGAAUGAUGUUGAUAAGGAACCCGAAGAUGACUUUAAUUGUGAUACUGAGACGGUUGGUCAUGAAGAAGAAAUUAACAAGGUGUUUUAUUCAUUUACGAGGUCUCUGACGAGAAUGUUCAAACACCUGUUCAUUUUUUGA